CUACGUCGUGCGAUUUACAUACUAUCCGUCCUGUCAGAUGAAAAACCGUCACGACGUUUAAUUUGCCCAUUAUUUUCAGAAGUAUUAUAAAAAACUCCAAAUGUCAAUAUACAUAUAAAUCAAUACAAAACGAUUAGUAUGAGUGUGCGUGUGAUUUGAUAAGAAUGAAAGCGGUGAAAGUCUUGCAGACUUGCACCGAUGUUAUUCGUGCGUUGCGCGAAUGAACCUUUAUUGCUGACGAUCAAAUAUAGGAUGACAAUUUAACUGGACCGAGUGAAAUAUAUCGUUUCAAUUGAUAUAUCGAAAAGAAAUUGCGAGAUUUCGGCAAUCGUGAAAUUUGUCAAGUGAAUCCAUAGCAUUAGUCAAUCGAGUGCAGUGCAUUGCAGCAAUCACGAUGCCUGUCGACACAGCGCGCACUUUUGACACUUACUGGCGAUUCAGAAUUGGCUGGCUGAGAAAUUUUUUGUAGUAUACUCAUCGCGGCGGGUUCCAGUGGAUUGGAGUGCUAGUCAUACUGAGAGAAAGGAAAUGACAGGCAGCAGUAACAAUGAAAUGAGUCAGGAAAUGACAUCGGGAGUUGGAGGCGAUGGAAAGAAGCACACGGUUCAUUGGUUCCGUAAGGGACUUCGGUUGCACGACAAUCCCUCCUUGAAGGAAGGCCUUGCCGGGGCAUCCACUUUCCGGUGCGUCUUCGUGCUGGAUCCCUGGUUCGCCGGAAGUACUAAUGUUGGCAUCAACAAAUGGAGAUUUCUGUUGCAGUGCCUGGAGGAUCUGGAUUGCUCACUGAGGAAAUUAAACUCCCGUCUAUUCGUGAUCCGCGGCCAGCCAGCCGAUGCGCUGCCCAAACUCUUCAAAGAAUGGGGCACAACGAAUCUGACCUUCGAGGAGGAUUCGGAACCGUUCGGACGCAUACGAGAUCAUAACAUUUCCGCUCUAUGUAAGGAGCUCGGUAUAUCGGUGGACCAGAAGAUCUCUCAUACGCUUUACAAGUUGGAUGAAAUCAUAGAGAGAAAUGGCGGAAAACCGCCAUUGACCUACCAUCAAUUUCAAAAUAUCGUCGCUGGUAUGGAUCCGCCAGAAGCACCAGUAUCGACAGUGACUGCUACCUGUAUCGGCAGCGCUUAUACUCCUCUCAAGGACGAUCACGACGAUCAUUAUGGUGUACCCACCCUCGAGGAACUCGGCUUUGAUACAGAAGGUUUGUUGCCACCGUUGUGGAUUGGUGGCGAGAGCGAAGCCCUGGCGCGGCUCGAGCGUCAUCUCGAAAGGAAGGCAUGGGUUGCGAGCUUUGGCAAACCAAAAAUGACGCCGCAAUCCUUACUACCAAGUCAAACUGGGCUUUCGCCUUAUUUGCGAUUCGGAUGUCUCAGUACGCGACUAUUUUACUACCAACUCACUGAUCUGUAUAAGAAGAUAAAAAAAGCGAUGCCGACGCUUUCGUUGCAUGGACAGCUCCUCUGGCGCGAAUUUUUCUAUUGCGCCGCAACAAAGAAUCUAAACUUCGAUCGAAUGCAGGGUAACCCAAUAUGCGUGCAGAUACCAUGGGACAAGAACAUUGAGGCGCUCGCAAAGUGGGCGAACGGUCAAACAGGAUUUCCAUGGAUCGAUGCGAUCAUGACUCAACUGCGGGAGGAAGGUUGGAUACAUCAUCUGGCUAGACACGCGGUGGCUUGCUUCUUGACCAGAGGCGACCUUUGGAUUUCAUGGGAGGAAGGAAUGAAAGUGUUCGAUGAGCUUCUCUUGGAUGCCGAUUGGUCCGUAAAUGCCGGUAUGUGGAUGUGGUUGUCGUGCAGUUCUUUCUUCCAACAGUUUUUCCAUUGCUAUUGUCCUGUUCGAUUUGGUAGGAAAGCGGAUCCAAAUGGCGAUUAUAUCAGACGUUAUUUACCGGUGCUAAAGAAUUUUCCAACCAGAUAUAUUCACGAGCCAUGGAACGCACCACUCAGCAUACAGCACGCCGCCAAAUGCAUUAUUGGUAAAGAGUAUUCGUUGCCGAUGGUGGAUCAUAGCAAAAGUUCACGUAUCAAUAUCGAGCGGAUGAAACAAGUAUACCAGCAGCUGAACAAAUAUCGCGGUAAUGCAACUUCGUUUAAAAGAAAAAAAUAUCGGCUUGCUGAACGCGUUGCUGGCACCACCGGCAAAGAAUUCCGAUAAAGAAGAAAGAAGACUUACCGUGUCUAGAAGACGACCAGAGAAUCGAUUCCAUCAGCAAUUCCACUCAACAACAGCAGCAGUAGCAACAACAAUAACAAUAAUCGAUGUAGCAAUUGAGUGUAUUGUGAUAACGCUAACAACUGUUUCUUUCAUGGGUUUAAUUAAAAAUCAAAUUAGUUUUAA